CCGACGCGCGGACAGAACGUGUUGCUCUUUUGCGCGUGUGAAUGUUUGUGAAGAGUGUCGGGGCGCGGAGCACCUUUUCGGAGCGCCCGUCUGUUCCUGUUGUGACGAUUUAAGGAGACCUGAUCGAGGGAAGCUGCAGUUUCACCUGACCUGGAAUAAUGGCUUGGGAAACAUCAGAAGCUCCUCCUGCGCACUGGUGUGAUUAGUAAGCUGCAAGCAACUUCUCGCAGAAGUUAAAAAAAAAGAAUAAGGAAAUCGGAGCUCAAGUCAACCAACGUUCGCGCCGUUGCCAGCGUCAAGAUACCGCAGGCAUCUUUUGUGCGGGCACACGGGCCUCGGGACGUGGUUUCAUCUGAACGAAAACAGCAGAAGAGGCGACUCUUCGGCCUCAGCAACGUUUGACCUGCCGAAAGCCAACAAAUCGCCAGACAGAGCGAGAAACACUCGCGAGUCUCGGUCGUGUCGCAGCUGAGGCGGUGCUUCGAAGUCUACGGCGACACCGCCACCUGUACCCGAGGAGAGGGGCGACUCUGAUUACGCGCCCAUUAUCGUCACAAGACUGCACGCGUGAACACGGUCGACCUUGCGCGCACGCGCUGAGCACGCCGGCAGGUUCCCUUUCUCGGGCGACGGUGGUCCGCUGUUUUUGGCCCGUUCGUGGUGGCCGAGGCCAAGGAAAACAAAAAACCUGUCCCGACAGGAGGAUUGUAAGUUCCAUUGCUCUCGUGCGGCCUCUCCUUUCGCCCCGGGCAUCACCGCCUGAGCGGUGAACAACGAGCUCGCAUCGCAGUCCUUCCCCACGGGUUGCACACCCGGUUACUCGGAUUGAUCUGCCUCAGAAGCGAAAGACGAAACAGAGACUCAUUUGGCCCCAGAGGCAGCACGGGUGGUGCUCUUUGAGAGAGAAGUCGACCGCCCUUUCCCGUUAUUUUCAAGCGACGGCCUCCUGGCCUGCACUCUCGCCCUCGUGCACUCGUGGCGACGACCGAGCGCGCUUUGAAGGAGAGAAGGGGUUAGCGAGCGUGCCGAGCCGCUCCGUGAAACAACUUUCCUUCGCAGAACACGCUCGCUUCGCCGAAGCUCGCGCCGGUUGAAGCCGGGACGUUGUGGCAGCAGACUGCAGGAAGGACUUCGCUCGACGACACCCGAGUCCAUCGCAGAGAAAUCGCCCAGCAGCGAGAGUCAUGCGGUGAGAAGAAAAAGUGGCGCGCCGGACUCCCGCUUUCUGCCAUCGCGUCUAGCGGGCCCGCGGAGGAAGUCCCCGGACAGCUCGCAAGGGCCGUGAAAUCGGCACACAUUUUCUUGUUUAUUCCGUGCUUCGUGCCACAGGCGGCUAGCAGUCUACCGUCGCGAGUGCGUGCACGCGCUGCUCGGUGCAAAGACGCGAACACUCGCCUUUGACGACGACGCCGAGUGGGACGCCGCGCUGCCCGGGCUGAUCGUGGCUGUGGCGUCGGCCUCGGCGCCUUCCACUGACUACUUUCGCCGGCCUGGUUUCAAGUUCCCGAGAAAGGAAGAUGGAUUCCGGCGCAGUUCUUCUCAACGUUUCCAAGUUGGAAAACGACUCGCCGCCGAAGUGUUUCGAGAACCUGGCAUUGGAUGUCCCAAGUGGGGUAAUCGACGACGCGAUCCCGGCGGUGGACUUCAAGACGAAGGCCGAGGUGAACGGCAACGGCCGCCUCAACGGGUUUAGGAACUUCGAGAGCAUCGACCUGACCUGGAGGAACCUCAUAUACAAGGUCAAGAAAGGCAAAGCCCGCAAGUACUUAGUCAACAACAUGAGCGGUGAAGCACGGUCUGGUACGCUGACGGCCAUCAUGGGUCCCUCUGGCGCGGGCAAGACGACUCUGCUGAAUUUGCUCACGGGCUUCUAUGACAAGGGCUACAAGGGCGAAGUUCAGAUCAACGGCUACGUGCGUGACCAGGCACUGUUCAACAAGCAGAGCUGCUACGUCAUGCAGGAUGACCGACUGCUUCCUGCGCUCACCGUUUACGAGGCUAUCUUCAUGAGCGUCGAACUGCGCAUGCCCAACAUGGAACCAAAAGACAAAGCUAAGAAGGUUGAGCGGUCGAUUGAAGAGUGGGGCCUGGAGGUGUGCCGCAACACUCGUACAGAAAACCUCUCCGGCGGCCAACGCAAGCGUCUAGCCAUCGCGCAAGAGUUGGUCAACAACCCGCCUGUUCUUUUCCUCGAUGAACCCACAAGUGGCCUGGACAACGUGUCAAGUCUGAUGUGCGUGCAGAUACUUAAGCGGUUGGCUUCUAUGGGACACACCGUCAUCUGCUCCAUACACGCACCUAGUGCCAAGAUCUUCUCUUAUUUCGACAUGCUGUACAUGGUUUCUGCGGGGCGUUGCAUCUACAACGGCGAAGUGAAUGACCUGUUAGGCUUUCUGACGAGGCAUGGUCUGCAGUGUCCGCAGUUCCACAACCCUGCCGACUACAUCAGCGAAGUGUCGUCGGGCGACUACGGUGACUACCGCGACGUACUGAGCCGCGAGUUCGAACUUCCCUUGCCGGACGGCAGCAAUGCCGCUAAAGGCACGAUGACAAAGUACGGCGGGCUCAUCAUGACCAGCGAGCAAAAGGCCGAGGCUAACCGGAUGUACUCUUUCAAAGUCAACCAGUUUCAUCAGUUCCAGAUUCUCCUGAAGAGGUGCUGGCUUUCGGUUUUCCGUAACAGGGUGGCCACUCCCCUGCGGCUUGUGGCAUAUGUGGGCUUCGCGCUGAUGCUUGUCAUCCUGUACUACGACAUUGGCUACAAGGCGAGCACUGUGACCCACAACGCCACAAUGUUCUUCUCCAUGUGCUGCAUCUGCGUCUUCCAGACCAUCCUGCCCGCCGUCAUAGUCUUUCCCGUCAACAUCGCAGUACUGAUGAGAGAGCAAAGGAAUUGCUGGUACAGCCUCAAAGUUUUCUACCUGGCAAACUACGUCACGGAGAUUCCGUUCCUGGUGAUACCGAACGCUGUGCUGAUCGCCAUCGUCUACUAUCCGACGGGACAACCCAGAGAGCUGUGGCGUGUGGCAGGCGUUAUGCUCUUCUGCGUCCAGAUAUGCGCCGUGUCGCAAGCCAUGGGGCUCAUCGUGUCCGCAGUGUCAAAGCUACAGACGGCGGUGUUCCUGGCCCUGCCUAUCGUGUCGCCGGCCUUCUUCUUCUGCGGCUUCUUCGUGCCGGCCCACCUGCUGACGCAGUACGCGCGGUGGUUAACGGACAUCUCGUACAUCUACUACGGCUACAACGGCCUACUGCUGUCGGUGUACGGCUAUGGCCGCCCAACUCUGGAAUGCGACCAGUUCAUCUGCCUCUACGAGGACCCCGCACAAUUCCUCGAGUUCGUCGGUGCAGCGGACAAGAAGUUUUAUGUGUUGGCGCUUGCGCUGCUCGCUUACGAAGCCAUAUGCAGGACCAUCGCCUUCAUCCUGCUCAAGAUCAGGCUAGCUAGGAAAGAGUGAAGCGUUUCAGUUCGAGCGGCUGCGAGAUGACCUUUCAUGUGUGUGUGCGCGUCCGCGUAUGUACAGUAUGGUGUGCGAACGUCGGGCAUUUGGCUUUGUUUUUAGUUUUAGCUCGAGCCGCUUGUAAGCGGGAAGUAUGGUGACUCGUCCGGAACUACCACCUUUCAGUGCAUUCCGCGGGAAAAUAGGUGCUGUUGAGGAAGCUACGCUGAGGCGAUGCGCCGGAGCGGAGUGCCGACCGUAGGGGGUUGGCGGUCAAGACUACAACAGUGCCACCAUAGUGCAACCGAUGCGGCUCAGGGCGAUAUAUGGUUGUGACGAAACAUGCAUGCUCAUCGCCUGUGUCCUGCUGAAUAUGAAAAUAGGCUGGAAUAGGUGCCAUUGUCGAUUUGCACGUUUGCGAAGUUGCCUCGUCGUGGGAGCUCGUGGGCGUGCGCUGCUUUUUGUGUGACGGCGAAUGGAAAUUGUAUUGUUCUUAUUUGAGCUGCAUCAGUUUUACAACAGCCUGUGCGGGUAACAUAAAACUUCGAAACAUGUGGUAAAGUCGUUCAUCGUCGCUUAAGACGGCAUGAUAGACCGUGUAGGUGGUUUUUAAGAAGAGUAAAGGGACGUUAACCCGCAUACACGUUUUGUUAAUGCGAUUAGCAUUCUUUGGGAACUAUACCCACAUUGCGGUGGGGGUCUGACCUCUUUCACCCAGUGACCCAGGUUGUCUACUAUAGCUUGGGCCACACAGUAUGUAUUGGCUGUUGUGUUGCCGAGCAGACAACAUCGUCCGCUGGGUAUGCGACCGAAUAGACAACUCGCUGCUGUCUGGCCUAGUUGUGUCAUUGGAUGUGUGCCACAGGGUAUGUGUGUGGACAGACAACUUCGGCACUGCGUUUGUGAUAUUGGUAAGUGCCCAUUUUUGGUCGAUCCCCCAGAAUGAAUGAUGUAACGUUAAAUAUAUUAAAGCGGUAGCACCCCAUCCACAACGGACACCUCCGCUUCGAGCGCAGCCGCUUGAUGGAGAGCCAUUGCAACUAAGUUGCAGACGGAAAACUAGGGACACUACGAAAAUUCAGCUGGAGUGCAGUGAUUACAACAAGAUUUUAUGUGUCGUGGUAUCGUUUGGCGUUGUGGUUGGGAGCGAGAUUGCCACUUUGCGUUUAUGCGGUGGCAAUGCGGUGGGUCGCUACAUCGCUUUAAUGAUAAUCGCACUAACGUCGACAUUCACCAUGAGCACUGCCGAUAGUUUUUUCUUAAAAUUAUCAAGUUUCAAUUUUAUUUGGAUUCAAACGUCACAAUCUGCUUUUUAUCGGAAUGGCGGAUCCUUGAGUGAACUAAGAAGGCAGCAGCGACGUCACUUUUCCACCUUGGACUACACUUGCCAGCGAUGCAGCUUGCGGUUCCUGCCAGUUUCCUCUAACCUUGCUCCUUUGACAUUUACACUGGUUUGAUAAACUGACAAUAGGUAGCCUAGAACCCCAACAAACAUCAACACACUCCAAAAUAUUUCAAUCUAGCAUGCGUUCAAAGUAUUGUAGUCGUAAACGAGGAGCACAUCUGUGCCGUCACACCCGGCAGCAGUCGCCUUCUUGGGUACUUGAUCACUGACAGGUGUCAAUACCUCACCUAAGUGUGGCCAGUCUGAAGCAGCGGCGUAGCCAGGGGGUGGGACACCCAGACACGUGCCCCCCUGCCCGAAAUUUCUGCGUUAGAAUGCGGCCUUCCUAGGCCCCUCCCCAUUUUACGCUUCCCCGAAAAAAUACUUAUGGCUACGUCGUUGGGCUGAAGGUAUAGUUUUGUACACCAGAGUUGUCAGUUGUGCAUAAACAUUCUUAUUUUUGGUUUAAUGAGCAGAGAAAAAAUUUGGAGGAUGCUUAAGCUUCGCCUUUAAGAGGAGAACGCGAUAGCGUUAUCGGGACCCGUUCGCAUCGCAUCUUUCGCAUACGCAAGUAGGUUUCAUUCACUGCAACACUGAACGUGGGAAAUCUAGCUUACAAAGACCAAGCUUACACCGAUCCCCUUAAUGUCGGCUUCACUUUUAAACUGAAAUGCGUUGCUGGAAAGACGUUUUUACAGGGGCAAUAUAAGCGGUCUCAUAUUAAAAUGUGAAGACCCUAGCACCUUUUUUAUUAUUUUAUUAGUUGUUUGCUAUUGCCCUGACGCACGCAGGUCUGGUAGAAAUGUUCGAGUUUCUUCGUAGCAGAAUUACGUUUUCUCGUACAUUCAGAUUAGAAUCCGACGCCGAUUGGUAAACAAUACGACGGCGAAUCCGACGGCGAAUCCGACGCCAAAUGGUAAAGUCGUACUUUACCAUGUUUAUGACGGAUUUCACUGUGAGAAAUUAAAUUUUGGUUCACCAAAACCUUGCACCACGGGGAGGGCCGGCGCGGUGAUAUGGUUGGAUUAUUUUCUCCGCCACCCCGAUCACACGCAGGUUGCCGAGGCCGGAUUUUCUGCGACACGGGGCCCUAAACGCUAUCGCGUUAAAAGAAACCGGAUCACAUUGUCGAAGCACUUGCAAACAGUUUUAUUUUCGUCAUACGAUGCACAUCAAAGGGUACGUAGAGAAACAGCAUAAAUGUAAAGGGUUUCCUGAACGCGUCCAUUGACAGACAUCGCACAAUCUUGAGCCCCAUGUCAGAUAUGACCCCAUCCUUAUGCUCGAGAUAAUGUUUGUAGGACAGUGUAUGAGAGGCCAUACUGACUACUGAUGUUUUGCGUUGGAAUUGUGGAGUUUCAACAGUCUUUUCGCUACGCACGCUUUGUGCAGAUAGUAAAGCACGAAAGGAAAAAGGUCUUUAACCGAUGGCCGGAAAUCUCGAUAUUUGUAGCUGCAAUCAGCCUAUGGCAACCGCUGCUCAGCGCCGCGUGAGAGCCCUACCGCUUAUACGGUGACAACCUAAGGAUUCAAUGCACGCUCCAGCCACAAAAGGGCAGUGCACCUGCCCUUCACCUUCGAGAGAGAGCCAAGCCUACUGGAGUGCGCCUACCGUUUAAUGACUUUCCUCUGCUGACGUGAUUGCUACGCUAAUUGGAUAAUAAGAGCUCGUUGUUCCUGGCUAUAGCAUUACCUUUGAUUAAGCACUUGAUUCACGGUCGCCUACAAAAUUUGCAAAGAGUUCCAAGUUUCAUUGUAAAGUCAGUGACACAACGACAUAUAUGUGAGAAAAACACAGACGUUUUAGACACGGUUAAUUGCUUGACGUCACGGGAAUAAACCAACCUAAUUUGCUGGCGCAUCAACGUUCACAGAAUAAAUUUUCUAGUGAUCUAUGCAAACUGUGUUCGAGCUGGAUAGGGAACAUAUAACCUUUUAUUCUUAGGUUGUCACCGACUAUAGACAUGAGAAACAAAGUUUAAAAACAACUUGCCAAGGGCGGGCAAUACCACUGGAAAUACUGUAAAUGCGCUCUACACUACAGCGCUGGAGCAGCGAGAAACUGAAGAUUGCAACGCGACACUUAAGCCCCGUGUCGAUCUAGUCGUACACUAUGCGCAUUUAUUUGAAACGUCAUUAAAUGCACUAAAGCUUGAUCGAGUGAUGAACUAUGAAGCAUAGAGAAGGUUUCACAUAUGUGUCAGCACACAGACGUUGCGAACAUUAUCUUGCACCACGGCUGACCACAUGUGCUCCGUCGAUUACAUGUGUCCGGAAAGGACAGCCGAGCUGGCGAGUGUUUGUACCAGCACGUAAUAAACAGCUGAUCUGUGUUCUUGAAUAGUAGCA